AUGUCCAAGAUUAUCGGAUACACCGUCGAAGACCUGCGCUACCCCACCUCCCUCACGGGAGACGGCACAGAUGCGAUGAACCAGACGUGUGACUACUCGUGCGCGUACGUGACCCUGUUCACGGACGGCACCGAGGUCGGCUACGGCAUGACCUUUACAAUCGGCCGCGGCAACGACAUCGUCGUGUACGCUGCUGAGCAGGUCGCCGAGCGUCUGGUUGGCAAGAGCACUACCGAGCUGUUUGGCGACAUGGGCGCGAUGUGGACUUACCUGCUUAGCGACCCGCAGCACCGAUGGAUCGGCCCCGAGAAGGGCGUCAUCCACCUCGCCACCGCUGCCGUCGUCAACGCCGUGUGGGACAUGUACGCACGCUCGCAGAACAAGCCACUUUGGCGCCUAAUUGCCGACAUGAGCCCCGAGGAGAUUGUCCGCUCGACGUGCUUCCGCUACAUCACCGACGCGCUCACGCCCGAGGAGGCACUCGAGAUCCUCAAGGAGAAGGAGGCCGGUCGCAAGGAGCGCAUCGCGCACGUCGAGAAGGAGGGAUACCCCGCCUACGUUACCAGCGUUGGAUGGUACGGAUACUCUGACGAGCUGGUCGAGGAGCGUACUCGCCACUGGCUCAAGGCCGGCUUCAACCACUUCAAGCUUAAGGUCGGCGUCAACGUCGACGACGACCGGCGCCGCAUGGCGCUGAUCAGGAAGAUCAUCGACGACCCCAAGAACUCUGAGGGCGUGCCGCGCCCUGACCCCAAAACGAUCGCGGGCAAGAACGCCGGCCCGACCGACUGCGUGCUCAUGAUCGACGCCAACCAGGUGUGGGACAUGCAGGAGGCGGUCGACUACGUCAAGCAGCUGGCCGAGUACAAGCCGUGGUUCAUCGAGGAGCCUACGGCCCCAGACGACGUGCUCGCGCACGCCGAGAUCCGCCGCCAGCUCAAGCCGUACGGCGUCGGCGUCGCCACCGGCGAGCACGCCCACAACCGCAUGGUGUUCAAGCAGCUCCUGCAGGCCAACGCCAUCGACGUGUGCCAGAUCGACUCGUGCCGCCUCGCUGGCGUCAACGAGAUCCUCGGCGUCCUCCUCAUGUCGGCCAAGUACGGCGUGCCCGUGUGCCCUCACGCCGGCGGCAUCGGCCUGUGCCAGUACACUAUCCACCUCUCACUCAUCGACUACGUCGCCAUCUCGGGCAGCAUCGACACCAACGUGCUCGAGUACGCGCAGCACCUGCACGAGAACUUUGUCAACCCCGUCUCGCUCAACGCCAAGGGCCGGUACAACGUCCCCUCGGUCGCGGACGAGGGCUACUCGAUCCAGAUCACAGACGAGAGCAGGGCAAAGUACGUCUACCCGCACGGUAGCUACUGGUCGAGCCCCGAGGCCGUGGCCGCGCACAAGCUCGAGGAGUUUGCGCCCAAGGGUAACCUGAAGGGCAAGCUUGCGCGCAAGGCGGUCAACGGCGUGAAUGGAAACGGCGUCAACCGCCACUCUAAUGGCCAUGCCAACGGCGUCGCGGUGAACGGUCACUAG